AUGGACAACAGCUCCUACUUCAACCUAAGCAUCUUCCUAAACAUCGGUCCUUACCGUUACCCAGCCUUUGUGUUGUGCAUGUUGCUGUACGUCUUCAUCGUCUGUGCUAACCUCGUCAUCAUCGUGGUGAUACUGCGUGAGCGAGCGCUGCACGAGGCCAUGUACGUCUUCAUCGCUCUGCUGUCGGCCAACGCUCUGUACGGCUCCGUGGGCUUCUUCCCCCGCUUCCUGCUGGACAUUCUGUCUGACGCUCAUUUGAUCGGGCGUCCGGCCUGCUUCGCACAGAUCUACGUCAUUUACAGCUACGCCUUCUCAGAAGUCACCAUUCUAGGAGUCAUGUCCUACGACCGAUACGUGGCUGUGUGUCAGCCUUUACAUUACCACAGCAGGAUGACCUCCAGGAGGGUCAAGCAGCUGGCAGCUCUCGCUCUGAUCAGUCCAGCAUUUUGCAAUUCAGCCUCCAUUUAUAUGACAGCAAUGUUUCCUCUGUGUGGAAAUAAGAUUCAGAAGGUAUACUGUGCCAGUUGGAACAUAGCAAAGCUGUCCUGCGUUACCUCGGCCAUCACCCAGAUUUUUUCUACAACUGCAGCUGUAAUUAUGUCUUUCCUUCCCAUCUGCUGCAUCCUGUACUCGUACUCCAGGAUUGUCCUUCUGUGUUGGAAAAGCUCCUCCAUGUUUAGGUGGAAAGUUUUACAAAGCUGUCUUCCCCACAUUAUUUCAAUCAUGAUUUAUGUUCUAACUUCGUUUUCUGAUACUAUCCUCAACAGGUAUGAGCUGCAUGAUCUAAACCCAUUGUUGGCUAUAACAGUUUCUCUGGAAUUCGUUGUGAUUCCUCCCAUUUUGAAUCCUCUAGUGUACGGACUGAAGUUACCAGAAAUAAGAACACACAUUGUCAAGAAAAGGUUGAAUUAGUGUGUUGUAGUGGACAAACAAUGCUUCAUAUUAAGCACAGGAGCUUUACAGUAGGUGCAGAAACAUGUUUGUCAAAUUCUUUGGGCCAUACAUGUAAGAAAUGUGACCAUAGAGAAGGAAACCUGGUUUCUAUCAGUGUGAUGAGCCGUUCUAGGUUUCUUUUGUGUGUGAGUGUUUGCUUUUAGUAUUAAUUCAUGUCUGGAUUGUUGUGAUUCUUCCUUUUUUUCUAAAACAAAGAAUAAAGAAGUUUUAGAACCACAGUAUCUAACAGUAAAGUCUUCAUGUCCACAUGU